UUAAGCGCGAAAAUGUCAGUUAUGUUGAAUAUUGUGUAGUAUCAUGGUGCGCAAGGGUUGGAUUGAACGACUCUUCUUAAGAAAUGUUUACUAUAAGUAUCGUAGUAUCGUUUUCUAAGCGGGAAGCAUACAAAACGCAUAUUUCUUACGCAGAUUCUGAAAUUAAGAGUGUAUUUCGAACUUUUCCGAUGCGCUCAUCUAACUACAUUCUUUUCUGGACACAAGAAUGACUCUAAGAGUGCUCAUGAAGCAUGUAACUGUAUUGACAUGUGCUCUCAUGAUCAGCCUACUUAUUCCGCGGUCACCAGCAGAUUGGGUGGAUGAAGAAAAAAAGAAACUUGCGGAUAGUUUGAAUGCGGACAGUGAGCAUUUGCACGAGCCGCUCCGGCCGGAGAUGGACGAAAAAUUUUUUUUUGGGACGCAUCAUUCACAGGAUCUUGUUUCUUUAAGCUCCGAAUUUGCCGAAAUUCGGCACAGCAGAGCCUUUGUGGACAAAACACUUUUUCUGUAUGAAUGGCUGAACUUCCGACCAAAACGUUGGUACGUGACCGCACCCCCUGGCUUUGGCAAGUCCGCUCUGGCAAAGAUGGCUGUCCAAUUUCUGAACGCCUCUCUCGAAAUUGUAAAUGGGACGACAAAAAUCCAUAACAAAUACAAGACCGCUGCUUAUGAACUUUUCCAAGGCACGCACAUUUUCGAGAUGAAGGAGUUCGUUGAAGAACGAUUCCACAAGUACGCUGUUAUAUACAUCGAUCUAGCCCCUUUGAGUAACACUACAGAAGCGACCUUUACAGAGAUGGACGACUUCCAUUCAAAAGACUUCCACAGAUAUUUCAAGAUGGUAAUAAAGAAGAUGAUUAACUAUUAUCCAACUCUUCUCCACCACCAGGGCCUAUUGGAUGCCGAAAGGAGAAGCCUGAAAGGGUAUCUAGAGGAAGGGAUGGACCCUGAUGUGAGCCCACCUAAAUUCUGGAAUAGUGCAUCAUUUCUUAUACAUCUUCUGAAAAAAUACUUGGGACUAGAUGUCAUUGUCAUCAUAGAUAAUUAUGACGCAUUGUGCAUUCCUACAAUGUUUGGGGAUUUUCAUCGAGUGCAAAGACCCUACUUAGCUUCAUACCUCAUCAAUUUCAGUGGUAUGACAGCUUCAAAUGCUGUAACAACGGUCCUGUACCUAGGGUCGUUCAACACGAUAGAACUAAUGCUUAAAAAACCGUCUCAAUCAGCGAUACACAAAAAAGCGAAUCCGAUUACACAUACGCCCUUUUCAAAUGAAAGGAAACUCGCGCAGUUCUUCGGCCUGUCCGAGGAGGAGGUGGCUGGCAUUUUGUCUAAAUACUCGAUGGAGGAUCACUUCAAAAUAGUCAAUGACCUAUUGAACGGGCACGCAGUUUUAGCAUCAUCCCUCACUCUGUUCAACACUAAGUCUGUGCUUUCGUACAUCGAGAAUAGAAAUUCUUCACCCAGCGCCCUCAUAAUGCCUUUGACUGCCGAGAUUAUGUACCUGUACAGAAAAAUGUUUGAGAGUGAAUGGGUCAGCAAUGUUGUGACGCAAUGUAUAUACGAGGAUAAAACAAAGAUCGCGAUACCAGCUGCUGUGAAAAUAAGUUUUGCAAGCUUUACAAGCAUUACAAGAAUAACGCACUUGAUCAGUAAUUUUACGGCAGACCGUGGUAUGAGAGACUUAAGUCUAGAGCAUGCCACAGCAUUCAUCAUAUUUCUACAAUUUUUGGGUUUAAUAUCAACCUCUGAUGAAAAAUUUAACGUGUAUAGUAUAAGGGCUUCCAGUCGUAGUGAUGCCGAGAUCAUGAAUGACUACGUUUACCGUAGUGGUAGUAUACAGAAUUUAUUUAAAAUUAGUGCAGAGGACGACCUGGCAAUGGUUGCGGCUGUAAAAGGUCUAGCUCCAAAUAAUGAUUCAGUGCAGUCCUUUGGCGAGGCUAUCUUUAGAAUCGUCAAAUUAAAAGCUCCUGAGGCCGAGCAUCAGCUGAAAUCUUUAAUUUAUGUGUAUUCAAGGAAGGUUGCGACUGAGCACGGUGAAGACUUCUCAAUGGAAGCUGGAAUUACAGCCCCCGUGGUGAAUUAUGUUAAACCGCCUGGAGAAGGAAAACUUGUGGUCAACAAAAGGAUGGAUAUAAUUUUGGUCCAAAAAAAGAAAGGAAUUGGGGUCAUUAUACAAUCCAGAUUACAUUAUAAUGCAACGUCUGUUUUAAAUUCAAUGUCUAAUUUCGAAUAUUUCAAAAUAUUUGACUCUGAUCCUCGCUUUUUAAAGCUCGAAAUCAAAGAUAGGAUUUUGGUUGCAAUUUCAGUUACACCUGAGAAAUCAGUGGAAAUUGCAGCAGAUGUGUGGCGAGAUGACAAUAUGACCCCUUUAAAAAAUGUGAUACUGUACAUAUAAUAUAUAUCGAGUCGCUUACAAUGUAAUUUUAGAAAAUGUUAUCAGAAGAUGAAUGUAUUCUGAUCUCUCCCUUUCCGUAAACGUGUUAAUAACUUCUAGUGU